AGAGUAAAACGUCUUUAGAAGACCGAUAUAUUUCGUUUUCAUUUAAUUUUAAGUAUACUUUUUAUUUUAUUUUAUGUUUUUUUUUUUUUUAAGUGCUGUUCAUUUUUUGGUGUAAAACUUUAAACUACUGUAGAAGAGUUGAAUUUGUUUAAAUGCCAAUGAAGCAUUUAGGCUUUUGUAAUGAGCAACAACAUCUGUUAUGAAACACGGUUGAAAGAAGUAAGUCAGUUUUAUUACUGCAUCAGCCCAAAAGUAUCUUGCAGAUGAAUAAUAUCUUCUGGAGAGGGCGUUCCUUCUCUAGUCUACAACAGGGAUGAUUCACGGACUCGAGCCAGUGUGUGAUGCGACUCUACACAGAAAACUGUCUGACAAUCAUUCAUUACAAUAGCUGUUCUGUGGCACACCACUGAAAUGAGGACAAAAAUGCCACAAGACGCGCUGCAUGAGUCUGACAGGCGGAUGCAGGUGAAGAGUUGACUGCGAAAGUGGAUCUAUUGCAUAAUCAGACGGAGCACAAAGAGAGGAGGCAGCUUCAUUUUGAACUAUGGCGGCAACAAACCUCAUUCUUCUGACAUAAAUUUUGAUAACGGGAAAACGUACCAUCUUGGAGAACAGCGACGAAUUGUUGGAUAUAAUGAUGAUAAAAAAAACCCAUCCUUCCUCAAAACUUUAAAGUUUAAAUUCUCGCUACCAGAGGUUGCAUUUCAUUUUUAGGCUACCUGUGCAGCGUGAUCUCAAUUAACACUAAACUCACUAGCUUAUGUGAUUUGGUAGGGUUUUUUUGAAGACAACAUCGGUAGCUUUUGGAGGUAGGCUAUUUGUGCAGCCUCAGAAGAAGCCGUUCAAAUGCUGGAAUGGAUUGGUGCUGCUUGUUUUAUGAUUUUAAUGGCCAUACUCUGGCCAGUGGUGAAGUGUUUUGGAGCAGAGAGUCACUCCACGCUGCUGCUUCCACGGCGCGAGAGCAAAAGAUCCGCGGAGAGAUGCGACUCGAAACUAGAGGCACAAGGUGAAUCAGCCACAGUCGCCUUGAUAUGCAAGCCCUCUGCACUGGCAAACUACCUUCUCAAACAUUGCAUGACUUUUUGCAAGUCUUUAUCGAUACCAAAAUGGAACUGGCGAAUGAGUUCGUCUUUACAAACUGUUUACGGCGCUUUGUGGCCGUUUGACUGUCCUGUGCAUUUCAUCCGAGAUCAUUUGCAGUUGAGUGAUGAUGGACUCGUGGCGUUAGACUGGGCUGUUGUUGGUACAGCACAUCACAAGAGGCGCAGGACUUCCAGUAAUUCCACAAGUCCAGUUCUGCUUAUCAUUCCCAACUCUUUUGGGAAAGUCACCAGGAAUGUGCUAAAGCUCUGUGAGGCAGCUCUGAGUCACGGCUACCUUCCUGUGAUCUUCAACCGCCGGAGUCAGAACGGGACACCGCUCUGUACUGUCAAGCUGCAGCAGUUCGGCGACCCGACCGACCUGCGGGAAGCUGUGCGCUACAUUCGGUACCGACAGCCGGCAGGCCAGAUCUACGCUGUGAGCGAGAGCACUGGUUCAGGACUCCUCCUGUCCUACUUGGGCGAAUGCGGCUCCUCCAGCUAUGUGACGGCUGCGGCCUGCCUGUCUCCUGUUUUCCGCUGCCAGAGCUGGUUUGAGAGCGGCCCGACCUGGCCGUUCCACUCGGCACUCCUACUUUACCAAAAAAUCUGCCUCAGCAGGUACAAAACUGUGCUCGGGGAGCUUGUCCACACAGACAACUUAUUCUCCAGCUGCUCUUUGAAGGCAAUGGAGGAGGCUCUGUUCUGUCAUUCUGGCUUAAAAGGGGCGACAACGGAGGGAGCAGGUAGCUGGGAGGCGUAUUGGGAGCGGAACGACCCUCUGAGGGACAUAGAUGAAGUGGCCAUUCCUGUGCUGUGUGUGUGCAGCCAGGACGACCCCAUCCGAGGGGAUGACCAGGCCACGCUACCGUUAGAGCUUUUUGAGAGCAAUCCGCAUUUCUUCCUGCUUUUGACUGCCCACGGAGGCCACUGUGGCUUCUCCACAUCAGACGAGGGCCCGAUCGUCUGGAGCCACCAGGCUUUACUGGAGUUCUUUCGCGCUACCACCGAUUUCUUCGCCGCGGAGGAGCGUGCCAAGCUGGCGGCCCGGCGGAGGGGUGUGAGCGGGGCUGGCAAGACUUUCCGCCAUCGCAGCGUCAGCACAUGCAAAAGACUGCCCGUCUGCUCGCAUAACAUUCACGCCAUUUACAACUGGCAGAGGUCCUACACCAGAUGAUGAUGUGCUUAGAGGGUCCCCUACUUUGUUUGGGAUUUGGGAGAGACUGAAAUAGCAAAGAACACUGCCAGAAAAUGAUAGAUUAAAACCUAUUGUCUGACCUGCUGUUCAUUACAGCCAAGAAAACCAGCAGUCGAGUCAAAAUAUCUCAGUGGGACUUUAGAAAGAUAUUACUGAAUCAUGGUUUCAAAAUUUCACAGCCAACUUUUCAGUAUUUUUGACAGUAUUUUUUGGUUUCAGAUAAGACGACUUAAUUAGAUAUCCUGAAAUAAAUUUCUCAUCCCAUUUUGGCUCACUAAAUUUGGUAGGAUUUAUGGUUGAAAUUUGGUAAUCUAAUGAAAAUUAAAAAAGUAAAAUGAACUUAAUUCAAGAUAUAUUCUCUGAAAACAAGCCUUAAUAUCUUUUGUCAGUUUUGCUUCUCAAAUUUAUCUUGAAUGUUUAUUUUAUUUUUUAUUUUUUUAUGAUAAAUUUUUUUAAUUUUUUUUUUUUUUUUUUUUUUGAAUGGCAGUAUAUAAAUAAGCCUUGAAUUUGUGUUGUGUAGGGAUUGGUCCAAAUGUGUGUGUUUUUUUUUUUUUUUUUUUUUUUUUUUUUUUUUCUGUACCUCAUGCAUGUUUCAGUACUUCGUUCCAAAAUUUAGAGAAUAUUAAAACAGUCUACGUACAUUCUGUCCAUACAGUAAUGAAAAGUGACAGUCUGCGUUUAGAGAAGGAGCCUGUGGAAUCGGGAGUAAAGAGUCAGUCGGCACUGCUGGGGUUUCUUAUGACGUCAUUCUGAGGUUUCAGGGAAAUGCUGGUCUCCCAUUGACAAGGGUGGAGCUAGCUCUGCAGAUUUUUACAACUCCCCCUCCCCCCUGUUUUUGUUUCCUUCCUUUUCUGUCUCCAUCUCAAAAAUGUGUAAUAUCUAAAUGGUGUCAAACCUCUUGUUUAAAUUAUCGUGUGAACACGGGAGAUUUAAUUAAAUGGUGUCAGCUAAA